UUUGGUUUUCGCCGAGUGAUGUUUAAGACGUCGUUUUUCGUGGUCGUUCCCUCAAUUUAUAAUUGUUUGGAGGUUUUAAAGCAGUAAACAAAAAUUUUUGGGAUCUUUUUAUAAUUUUUGCAAUUUUUCUUUGGGUAUAACGGUUUUUUGCUAAAUUUUUAUAGGCUGACUCAUUUCUGGCUCAUUUAUACUACAAAUAAAACUUAAUUACAACAAAAUAACAAGUUUUAACUACAGAUUAUAUACUUACUAUAUAAUUUUUUACUAAAUAUCGCCUAUAAUUUAUAUUUAUAUUCCUUGAUUCAAUUUUUUUUCGGCAUGACAACAAAAGCACAUUUUUGUUGUUUUGUAAUUUGAACACAAUGAUAACAGAAAAAGUAACAGCGCUACCAUCAUGGUGUUUUAAGAGAUAAACAUUGUAAGAAACGAUUACUAGCAAAACGAAUCGGAAAUUUAUCAAAUUUUACAAAUAAUAAAGAUUGUUAAUUUUUUCGGAACCAUCUAUUUGAUUCUAUUUUAUUGCCAGUAACUGUAUAUAUGCAUGAAUUUAGGGCACGCUCAUUUGUUGUAAUGAAUUCCAGGUAUGCAAAAAACAUAUGUGUGGUUAUAUCAGGUAAAUUUUCAGAGAAGUGGAAACUGCGUGUGCUCGUAGUCCAAUUUUAUACUUUAAAACACGAUGAGGUUCGUUCUGAUCUUCGCGAUUUGUACCACAACUUUCACAGCUGUUUCCAGUGCUGUAAAUAUUGAGGAAUAUUUGAAACAACAUAAGCCAACGAAUUGCAGUGAUUUACGAGAUCAUAUAGUUAGCUAUCCGCCUUAUAACUCAUGGAAACGAAACUCUGCCACAAUAACACGAGCCGAAUUCGAAGUAUUUGUAAAAGAAAAAUUACGACAUUACAAAGCACCUGUGCUAAAGAAAUAUGCACCAUACACACCUUUGAGGAAGAAGUAUGUUACAACAAUAAAGCCUGACGUAACAUUUACAAUUAAAGUAAUCAAUAACACGCCUGAUAUUACGGAUUUAACCACAGAGGCAACGCAAUUUACAGAAACAUCAACGAUUAACUCAGAGACUACAGAAAUUUCGGAUACAACACCAGUAUUGGAAAAUUACGAAACCACUGAAGAAGAUAACUUUCAGCCCACUGAUGUGAUUGAGUCAACAACGCAAGAUUCUGUUAGUACUGUAUCGGUUUCCACAGUUCAAACAUCAACGGAAAUAUUUACAACUGAAGCCAAAAUAGUUGACACUGCAACUAACAGCUUGUCAACAAUAAAAAAUGAUUUAACGACAUCAACAACAUUGGAUGAUUCUACAACUGAGACGGCUGAUUCUACUACAGUAAAUAAACAGGACGAGUUAACGGAAAACGAAUGUGAGGAUAGAAUUACAACAAAUCAAAAACCCAUUACUACCGAUGCAACUAUUUCCAUAACUACAAGUAUUUACGGAGUAAGGGAAUCGAAGACAACAUUGGUCGACUCUACAACUGGGGCGGCUGAUUCAAAUGUGGUAAAUAUACAGGACGGGUACACGGAAAAUCGAAUAGAAGAAAGAAGUACAACAAAUCAAGACCCCAUUACUACCGAUGCAACUAUUUCCACAAUUUCAAGUAUUUAUGGCAUGACGGAAACUGAAUCAACGCCAACAGAGAAACCUGUUACCACAGAAAAUACAUCAAUGACCGAAAAUGACUACACAACGACUUCGGAAGAAAGCACAAUAGAGAAUGCUAAUGAAUCAACGACAGACUUGGACUCUACAACCACGAACUGGGCGCUUACUGCAAAUGGAGCACCAACAAUCAACACAGAAAUCACCGAAAACAUGUUUAACACUGAAAUAAGAAGUUUUAUAACAGAAAGUUCAACAAUUACGUGGGAUACUCAGGAGCAUGUAAGUACGUUGUCUGAUUUUGAUAACACCACAGCUAUGCAAGUUUCAGAAUUUACGAUAAUUUGUUGUAAUACCGAUGAAACGACUACAGCAAUGUUUGAAAGUGAUGAAACUACAACAACAGUGAACACAGGAUCUCCAAUUUCAACAACCGAAAAUAGCAUUGAAACAAUCACAUUAUCUGUUAUAUCGGAGAAACUUUCAGACAGUACAGAAACUAAGACCGAUAGUAUUUGGAGCACUGCUGAAACGACAGAUCAUAUUGAAAAUAAUAGUAAAGGCAUUGAGUUUGAGGACAUUAUAAAAACCACUGUCAGAUACACUUACGAUAGUGACGUGAUGCCUUCAUUAGAUGAAUUUUAAUUUAAUUUAAAAAAAUAGUUUAAUUUAAUAAUAUUAAAUAAUAACGAAAAAUGUAUAAUAUACGCCCCUGUGCGUAUUUAAUGUCCGUUUUAAUAAAUUUAAUUUCAUUAAUUAAUAAAACGACUUGUCUAAUAGAAAAUUAAAAACGAUAUUCUUAUUUAUCGAUUACACCAAAUACUAAGUUCUCUAAAAAAAGCAACCCUGUCUUCUCAAAUAAUCAGCUGUAAAUUUAUGUGAAUGUGUUAUACUUUUACCCGCAAUUAUAAAUUCUUAAAUACAAUUUAACUUCGACUGUUUAUGUAUAUGUUUAAUACCAUAAUUUAAGUAUAAAUAAAAAAGGUAAAAAAUAUGAGUGCAAACACGAAUAAACAGAAGGGAAAGCGAAAGGUUUUGCCAAAGUUGAAAACAAUUCUGGCAAAUCCAUUGCAGGAGAAAUGUCCUUCACUCGAAGAUGAAAAAUUACUAGCGCUUGUGAAUUUACUAAAAGAUGCCAUCAGCAAUAGUGGCCUGAAGCCUCAACCAUUUGUGACAUCGAGGCAUAUCCACUUAGGUUUGGAAAGCGGUCUGCGUGCCAUUAAUAAUUCGAAAUGUUCAUGUGUUCUGAUUUCGCGUAGUAUUCAACCACGGAUUUUGGUCAGAUUAAUAGCGCGCAAUGUUGAAGCAAAAAAUGCAACAGUUCCUGUUUUUGUGCAAAAUCAGUUGGAGAAUGUCACCAAAGAUGUAUUUGGUAUUAAAGCAUUGUGUGUGGUAUUUCCAACAGUUGAGGAAAUGAAAGAGACUAACAUGGAUAAUUCAGUUAUACAGUGGAUUACAGCCCACAAGAAGCAACUACAGUCCGAAGCAGAAAAGAAAAAACCAAAACUUGCAAAGAGAAAAUUACAAAAAGAGCUUCCAGCAAUAGAAGUUUGUAAGGAGUCGCCUGUGGUUGAAGUCCAAAAACCAGAAAUUCAAAAUAUCUCUAAAGACAAUGAUGGUUUCAUUUCAUUUAUGGGAGGAAAGGACGUUAGUAAAGCUGACGCAGUAGAAGACGAAAAACAUUUGGUUGCAGUUUUAAAAAAAGUAGCUGAAGGUAUUGAAAAAC